AUGCCCAUCGACAUCCCCUUACCGGAACGCCAAGCGAGUAAACGACAACGGACGGGUUCAAACAAGCUCCAGCGCAGGGCUAGGACCUACAGCUUUUCGCCGGGGCGCCAGGACUCUGUGCACCUCGGAAGGAAAAACAGCACGAGAACCCAGAGAGAGGUAGAUACGCCGAUGCCUGACGCCUCGGGAGGCGACAUGUUAUGGCGUGUGCCGACCCUUCACAACAAGAGGGACGGCAAUCACCUGUCACGGAAAAUGUCCAGCAAGAAGCGACGAAGGGAUGACCGGCAGCGCGAAGCUGAAAUCAAAGCGUUGAGUAACUUUGCUCCUUUGCGGCCUGUCGCGGAGGACUGGAUGGCUGGCCGCCCAAUGAAGAAAGACAGCAAGAGAUUCAGACCAGCUUUCGGUGUCGGUAUCAAAGGCUCCGACUUCGACAAGUUCAACCGGUCGUCAGACAUUUCACUACCACUUCCCGAAUCCAUCGACUCCGCCCUUUCCUCAGAUUCCGAUUACGUCUCCUACAAAGUUUCCGCUUUCGAGGCUCUUGCACCUCGCCCGACUUUGCGGUAUAGCACCCAUCCACGGUUCGGCACUGGUGCCCCGGAUGGCGCGGGCUUCGUACGCCGACCAUCUCCGCCACGUACAAGGUUGAACGAGCCGAUCCCCGAAGCAACCCUCAGGGCACACAAGCGCAUCGACAGCCUCGCCGAUGGCCUCAGUGCCGGCGAUUUGCGCGAGCUGAUGGAACGGGACCAGCGGCGACGGGCGAGGAAACUGCAGCUAGAGCAAGAGAAGCUGGAAUGGAGAAUUGCAAGGCGCGCCGAGAAACAAAAGGCUGUAGAGGCGGAAGCGGAGCGCCAGGGGCGUGAAUCACCACCAAAUCUAGAACGAGGUGUCUUCGGACGCGAGGAUAUUGGAUUGGGGGUCGGCCCAAGUUCCGCCAUCGUCACGUCAUCAAGGAUACGACAGUCGGGUGACUCGCCAGUGCGUCGGGGUAAAGGUAAAGAAGUUGGCAAUCUCGGAGCUGCUCGGGAUGAGAACCAAUCCGACCCUCUGGCCUCAUUUCACCGCGUAGACAGCAUCCCGUUGCACCAACCAGAUGCUCUCUGCGAGAUACAGGCGUAUGUGCCAAUCCACACGAGUGCUGCUUCCAAAGGCUCGUUUCGCAGAAAGUUUUCACGAUCAAAAUCCCCCCACGACUCCGAAAUGAGGACAGAACAAUCCGAGAAACCGUCCAACAACACCGCCAAAGGCCCACGGUCUUGGACCUCGAUCUUCAGAUGGGCGAAUAAGGCUAAGCGAAGCUCAGGGGGGCCAUCCUCCUUUUCCAAUGCAUCCCGAGACUCGAUGCAAACAACGCCAGCACCGACGCCUCCGGUCAAUCCAAUGCCACGGCACGUUAACACCGGAGUACCGAAGCGGACCAUGUCCCGGUUCCGUGAAGAUCUCCCCGAGCUACCCAUUUCGCCUCCCGCGUCAAGGGUGCAAUCACCGGAUGUUGAAGCUCUUGGCACUAUAAUCAACACAUCGGUCGUUGCUCAUCCCGCCGUCGUGGGAACAGCUCCUUCGCCCUCUAGCUUCCGGCCGAGACACGACACGCCAGUGUCUCAGCAGACGUCUAUUGAGCGAAUGCGGGAGACGCCGUCGACCGUCAACCACCCAGACGAGCCAGGAAUCUCCCCAGAACCGCACGCUACGUCUCUAGCGUCAAUUGACUCGGAAGGGUCGUGGUUUGGCGGAGGGUUGGGGAGGAAACGGAAAUCGUCUGGUAUUCUUGAACACGCAUCCGGCCUACGGCUGCCCCGUCAAACCCCCGAGCCAUACAGCGAACGCCGGCCGGAAAAUGGAACUACCAACGACGAUAUGCACAUAGCCGAUGACGAUUACCUUUCAAGCCUUGCGCCUCCUCACGGCGACCGUGCUGCGUGGAAUCGCAAGUCCACCGGAGAAGCGCGGCCGUCGAGCGAUUGGGAGGAGGCACACUGGGGCAGCGUCAGGGGUCUACAGCCCACAGUCGUGCGCUCGCAGGCCUACGGUCGGGUGAAGAGCCGUGAGGGCCUACUCAAGUCAUUCGGCGACGAAGAUGAAGGCACCCUUGAACUGGUAGAUCCAGAGGAGAACAGCGACGGUAGCGACGGCGUCGGACUCCAGCGAGCAACAAGUGUCGAUUACGGAAAGGUGCACGCACGACGUAUCAGCGCCGGGAGCGCACGCUUGCUCUCGAUAACACCUCGAUCGUCGGUUGAUGCGAAGCACACAGGCUUGCACCUGACCAACGAUGCUUGA